UUUCCAUUUCUACUCUUUUAAACAACGAAAAAAGCGAGUAAAGUAAUAAUUAUUCUUUCUCUCUCAUUCUACUCUCCCCCUUUGCAACGCCAUUUUCUCAUGAAUCUAGGUCACACUGACUGAGCUCUCAAAGCGUGGAAUGGCGUCCAAGGGCAAAGGAAUAGCUUUUGAUAGUUCGUCUGGCAAACGAAAACGGGGUGACGAUGACAAUGCUGGUGAUGGCAAGAGGAAAAAUCGCGGCGUUGUGCAGUUCUUCGAUGACGCUGCGGUCGAAUUCGAUGGAGAUAACGACAGUGAUAGCGAUAGCGAUUUCUUUGAUGAUAUUGAUUUCAUAGACGAUUAUUAUGAUUCUAAAGUGAAACGUGAACCUGGAAGAUACGACAAUGUCCCACCUUUUUUCCCUAAAGAGGAAGAGUUGAGUGGGGAUGAACUUGAAAAAAUGCUAAAAGAGCGUUAUAGGGGAUCACAUGUUAGGUAUGCUGAAGAUGACAUUGACUCCAAAAGAUCCUUUGACAAGGAUUUUAUCAUGCCUUCUGCAGAACCCACUAUCUGGAAAGUCAAAUGCAAGGUUGGACGAGAGAAAAAUACUGUUUUCUGUUUGAUACAAAAGUAUGUAGAUAUGAGUAAUUUAGGAACUAAGCUCCAGAUAAUAUCUGCGUUUGCUGCUGAACACGUUAAAGGGUUUGUCUUUGUUGAAGCCGAAAAGCAAUCUGAUGUUGUUGCGGCAUGUCACCAGCUCGCGGACGUUUACUAUAGCCUUGUGACACAAGUUCCAUCAAAUGAAGUCGCUCAACUUUUGGUUGUUAGAAAGAGGCAUAGUGAAGUCAAAGAGGGCACAUGGGCACGGGUAAAGAAUGGAAUCUACAGGGGUGACUUAGCACAGGUGGUGGCCGUCAACAAUGAGCGAAAAAGAGCAACAGUAAAGUUGAUCCCAAGAAUUGAUCUUCAAGCUCUUACUGAGAAAUAUGGCGGGGGAGUAAGUUUGAAGAGAACAAAAGGUUCUAUACCAGCUGCAAGAUUGAUAAGCUCUAGUGAUUUGGAGGAGUUCCGACCGCUCAUACAGUACAGACGUGAUCGUGACACAGGAAAAAUGUUUGAGUUCCUUGAUAGCCUGAUGCUGAAGGAUGGGUUUCUGUAUAAGAAACUAUCCAUAGAUUCCUUGAGCUUUUGGGGUGUUAAUCCGUCUGAAGAUGAACUGCAGAAGUUCACAGUUCCCAGCAAUGAUGAAUCUGAUAAUGUUGAGUGGCUUUCACAACUUUAUGGGGAGCAAAAGAAAAAGAGUAAUGUGAAGAUGGACAAGGGAGGUGAGAAGGGUAGUGGGAAAGGAGAGGGUUCAUCUGGAUCCCAUGAGCAAUCUAGCUUUGAAGUCAAUGAUCUUGUUCAUUUUGGCAAACGAGAUUUUGGUAUGAUAAUAGGCUUGGAAAAGGAUGACAACUACAAGAUUUUGAAAGAAGGUUCAGAAGGACCUGUGACACUGACUCUGGGGCAGAAAGAUUUAAAGUAUGUGCCAGUAGAGAAGAAAUUUACUGCUUUAGAUCAUCGUAUGAAGACUAUAUCCAUCAAUGAUACAAUCAAGAUUUUAGAUGGGCCAGCCAAGGGACGUCAGGGAAUUGUAAAGCAGAUUUAUAGGGGGGUCAUUUUUUUGUAUGAUGAAACUGAGUUGGAUAAUGCUUAUUCCUGCUCAAAAUCCCAAAUGUGUGAGAAAGUAAGGCAUUGUGAAACUGCUUGUCAUGGGAAGGAUGAAGGAGGACCAUCCAGUUUUGAAGAUGAUCCUUCCUCACCUAAAUCACCCUUGUCACCUAAAAAACCAUGGCAGAUGAGAGAGAAUAAUUUUGAGGAAAAAGAAGGAAUGUUCUCUGUUGGACAGUCAGUAAGAAUUCGAAUUGGUCCAUUGAAGGGCUAUAUGUGCCGUGUCUUGGCCAUUCGCUAUACUGAUGUCACUGUGAAGUUGGAUUCUCAACGAAAGGUUCUUACAGUUAAACGUGAGCAUCUUUCUGAGGUUCGUGGACAGAGCUCCACCUCUUUGAUUAGAGAUGAUCCUGAAUCGAGCUCUCCCUUCAAACCAUUUGACUUGCUUGGCUCUGAAGGAAAUGCUAAUGAUUGGUUGCAACAAGCUAGUGGUUCAGCUGAUGCGGGUGGUUGGAAUGUUGGAGGAUCGUCUAGUGAGAGGAGCGCAUGGCCUGCUUUUCCUUCCUCUGCUGCCUCGCUUGAAGUCGGCACUACAGCUACUGACCCACCUUCUUCUGUUCCUAAUGACAACUCUAAAGAUGAAGAUAAUGGUUGGUUGAGUAAAGUUGCAGCUGUCAAUAAAAGUGAUGCUGGGGGUUGGGGCUCAAGUUCGGGUGGUUGGGGUAAAGACAAACAACCUGCUGGGGAUCAAGGAGGCUCCUGGAAUGCUGGUGGAUCCAGUUCAAAACAAGACAAGGCAAAUACAAUUGCAGUGAACAGUUGGGGUAGUCAACCUGCUGAAAAGGGCCAACCUGAUGCUUGGGACAAAGGAAAACGUUCUGAAGAUACUGGUUCUUUUGGUGGUUCAGGUUGGGGUGCUCAGAAAAGCUCAACUGAUCAGAGCACAGAGAAGGAUAGCGGUGUUUCAUGGGCUGAACCUAAGAGCACUCUGGCCCCUGCUGUAGAUUCUUGGGGUAAAGCAGCAGCAGAUGGGUGGGGUAAAAAGAAUGAUUCAAAAGAGAGCAGUGGAUGGGGAAGUUCACUUGCUGCAUCACAGUCUCAAACAGUGGCCUCAUUGGAAACAAAUGCUGGAUGGGGACAAAAACAGGCACAAAAUUCUUCAGAGGGGACAGGUGCUAAAGAUAAGAAUUCUGAAGUUCCAAGUGAAGAUCCUUGGGGAUUGGUUGCAAAUAAGCAGGGCGACAAGGAUAACUCAAAACGAAAUGAAUGGGGAAGCUCCUCUAACAAACCCACUUCAGAUGGAAAUGGCUGGGGUUCUAGCUCUGGUAGCUGGAAAAACUCACAGGAGGAAAAUGCUGAGGUUGGCAAAGGGUUUUCUGGUGGGUGGAAGAGUAGCGAAGGCGGAAAGGACUCUUGGGGGCAAGCAAAGAACUUUGAGAAUGAUGGAGGAUUUAAUAGGGGCCAGGGGUCUAGUGGGAGGGGUCGGGGACGGGAUCAUUUUGGAAGAGGAAGAGGAAGAGGAAGGGGAAGUUCAUUUGACAAAGGAGAUGACUACCAAGGCUGGAAUAAGUCAAAUAAAGAUGAUGUGGAUGGUGGAUGGACAUCAAAAAAAGACUCUCCUCAAACUAGUUGGCAGGGAGCUUCUCCUGGUUCCUCCAGUUGGGGUCAAAAGGAUAAUGACACACAAGCUGGUGGUUCUGAUGAUGGAUGGGGAAAAGCUGCAAAUAAGAGCAACAACAAUCAGGGAGCUUCUUGGGGUGGAGGACAGGGGAAUAAUGCAACGGAGGGGUGGAAGAACACUACUUCUGAUUCGGGUGGCUGGUCAAAAGGGGGGGAUGCAAGCCAGGGUAAGAGUUGGGGCAAAGAUUUUGGCAGCGAGGGUGGAGAAUCUUGGAGUAAACCAGGUGGAAAUAACAGUUGGAAUAAUGAUAAUGAUCGAGGGCAUGGCGGGUUUGGUGGAAGAAGAGGAAGAGGUUUUCGAGGAGGUCGUGAUCAAUCUGGCAGAGGUUUUCGGGGUGGCCGUGGAGAGUUUGGCAGAGAUGGUGGAGGUAGAUCAUCUGGUCGUGAUCACUAUGGUGGGAGAAGUGGAGGUGAAGGUGGCUCAUUUAAUAGUAGAAACAAUGAAGGAGGCAGUUGGGGCAGCAGAGGCUGGAGUUCUGGUGGGGAUGGUGAAGAUAGAAGCUGGAAAAGGCAAGGGGAAAGUGAUUCGUCUUGGGGAGGCGGUAGCCAUGGUGGCAGUGGGGAAGCCAAAGGAUGGGGGAAACAAAGUGAAGGGGGUUCUUGGGGAGCUGGGACUGACAACAAAGCUAGUGGAGAUAACGGGGGAAGCAAAGGAUGGAGCAAUGGUGGUGGCUGGGGAGGCAGUAAAUCAGAUGGAGAUAACAGCAAUGGAGGUAAAAGAUGGAGCAGUCCCAAUGAUGGUGAUGGCUAUCGUGGUGGUGGCUGGGGAGGCAGUAAAGCAGAUGGGGAUAGCAGUAAUGGUGGUAGAGGAUGGAGCAAUCGCAAUGAAGGUGAUGGCUAUCGUGGUAGAGGUCGUGGUGGUUGUGGUGGUCGUGGCUAUCGCGGUCGUAGUUCUUGGGGAGCUGGAGAUGAAGCUGAAGAAAAGGGGGGGAGUAAGCCAAGCUCGUCUUGGGGUGGUGGAAGUGGAGGUGGAGCUGGGUCUUGGGGAAAGCCAUCAUCUGAUGGAGGUGGUGGUGGCAGCUCAUCUUGGGGGGGUGGAGCCGGAGCUGGAGCUGGGUCUUGGGGAAAGCCAACAUCUGAUGAAGGUGGUGGCGGAGCAGGCGGUGGUGUUGGUUCAUCUUGGGGUAGUGGAGCCAAGGCUGGAGCUGGAUCUUGGGGAAAGCCAACAUCUGACGAAGGUGGUGGUGGUGACUCUUCUUGGGGUGGUGGAGCAAAGGCUGGAGCUGGGUCGUGGAGAAAGCCACCAUCGGGCGACAACACUGAUGCUGGAGGUGGCGGUGGUGGCGGCUCAUCUUGGGGUAAUGGAGCCAAGACUGGAGGUGGGUCUUGGGGAAAGCCAACAUCUGAGGAAGGUGAUGGAGCCAAGGCUGGAGCUAGUUCGUGGGGAAAGCCACCAUCCGGUGAGAGCAAUGAUGCUAGAGGAGGUGGUGGUGGCUCAUCUUGGGGUAGUGGAGACAAGGCUGGAGCUGGGUCUUGGGGAAAGCCAUCAUCAUCUGGCGAAAGCAGUGGUGCAGGAGCCGGAAGUGGUGGUGGAGCUGGAUCCGGAUCUGGAACUGGGUCUUGGGGAAAACCACCAUCUGGUGAAAACAAUGAUGCAAGUAGUGGAGGUGGUGGCUGGGGAAAAUAGGAAGGCCUUGAACUUAAUGAGUUUCGACCUCAGACUUACCAAUUGUGAAGGUGCAAUACCUUCUCCCUCCAUUGUAUAAAAUUUCUGCCUGCAUUUUAUGUUAAAUUGACUCAGAACUGUUCCCCCAACCACAUUGUAUAAAACUAUGUUCAUUUUGAGAACAGAUUUGACACUUAUUGUGUAGUUGUAGAACCAGUGACUGUCUAGUUUUUGAUGUUUUUGCAUCAAGUAUUGAAAUUCCCUAUCAAUGAUUUUCAUCUUUUCAAUGA